AUGUCAGAAGACUACCGCCCGCCUCGAAGACCAGUCAAUCAGUUCACUUGGGUCAAUUAUCGCGAUCCCCAAACUGAGCGGAAGAGCAAAGCCAACAAAGCUGUUGUCCGCAAGGCCGCGAAAUUGAGCACACUGACGCUUACGAAAAGAGCCGAAGGACCCAGCGUGCCUGCCUCAUCAACCACAGCAUUGUCCUUUCCUUGGGCUAUAGCUGAUGACGACCAGUUGACAGACGAAGUGCACACACGGUUUGGUGAUGACAGUCUUACGCAAGCUGUACCGUCACCCUUGUUGCGAUCUGGAAAUUCGGAUCCUUUCGACAGCUUGCCAUUCGAGACGACCAGCCUCCACUUUUUUCUGUUAAAUCGAUACUGCGAGAGCGCGCAUUUGAAGCCGACGUGUCGGAAUUCGUGCCCGAAGGUGCAGGAUUUGCGGCGGAAGUACCUAGUACCAACCUUUAUCCACUCCCCUGGUACCUUGCAUGUCGCUCUCAUGCACAUUGAGCGCAAGUGGAAGAUACCGGACAAUGCCGUCCACGAAGCAUUCCAGUGCUCUCAUCAACUUGGCGCAAUCGUUGAACUUCAGAAGAUCCUGCAGCAUACGAGGGAUCUCGUUCCCAUUGAUGCAUUUACCUUGAUUGCAAAGUUGUGCUCUGCAGCCGUGUACGCGCAAGAUUGGGUUGCGGAAGAGGCGCAUUCGAACGGUAUGGCUCAGCUGUUCAUCGGCCAUUGGGAUGCCCUUGCACAACAUCCCCUUUUCGUGCUGGGAGUGUUCGCGUUUUGGUCCACGAUCUACAUCGAUGGCGCCUGCUGCGUAGAACAUCAGAGGGCUGAUCCUUUGGCGCUUGCCUCGAUGAUGGGCCUUCAGAUUCGCAACGAAAGCAACCCGUCAGAGCUAGCCAGAUUGCCGGAUGCGAAGAGAUUUAAUGAGCUUCACUUAGCAGGCCUUAUGUCACGAUCUAUGCUCGAAGCGAUACCGGAUCUGAUACGGCUUUCUGAGCUUGUUGGACAAGCCCGAGCAAGGGCACUCGCCGUCGAGGACGCUAAAGAGCUGCUGAGAUUGAAAUGGGGCUGUUCGAGUGCCUUGCACCACUUGACGCCGACGGACGGCUUUGACCGAACAGCAUUCGAGCGCAUCCUGGUGCCGGUAUUGCAAUUGGUGUUGACGCUUUGCAUAAACUCUUCGAUGACAGCAGUCCCAGAGUAUUACUGUCCAGCGAUCACACAGCGUUUAGCGAAAGUUGACCUCACGCCAAUUCUCCAGACUUCUCCGGAGGCUUUGCUGUGGAUAUGCCUGGUGUUAGGCACCUGCUCUGUCAACUCUGGAGUCUUGCAGUACGAGGACUUCGUCGAUGCCACCACAGCGCUUGUAGCUGGUCAAUUGAACGUCUUGGAUCCGGAGGAAGCUUUAGCUCUUGCUAGACAAUUCAUCUGGCUUCUCAUCUUGAUGCGGCAGCAGUCAAGUUCUGGAGUCGUGCCGUCGGGACGUCGCCUGCAGCAACGCUUUCGACAAGGCAGAAUUGACCAACGACAAUUUCUCUUCAUCCACCGACCAGGGUUCGAGUUGAGAUCGUGA